UUGAGACAAUUAAGAGAAAAAUAUUCCCAGUUUUUUCGAAACAAGUUCAAGAGACAGUCAAGGCAUUGAAACGUGGAGAUGAAAUCGAUGAAAACGAGUUUAUUGAUUGCACACGAAUGGUUUACGACGGUGUUAGAGAAGUGAGAAGAAUUGUUAGUAUUUAUAAUUCAGAAGAGUCUGUACAGAAUGCUAGCUGGGAGAUGAUUGAAUAUGAUCAAGAGGAGGAGCAAAAGGAGGAGAUGAAAGAAAAGCCAAGUAUCCGUGAUGCAGUCAACAAAAUACCGGAACAAGAAAAAUUGGAAAUUGCAAAAGAGCUUGAGAUAACUGAUCAUGUUUACUGGGUGGCAAUCUGGUCAAACCCUAGAGUUAGAAACCUUCUUCAAACCUCACAUAUAGGGGGCAGUCAGGUGGACGGGUUCCAUGAAGAGAAGGCUGAGUUCGACAAGGAGGUGGAGAAGUGGGAGGAUUCGGAGAAUGAUAUUGUUCUUCUCGCUAAACAGAUGUGCAGAAUAAUGAUGGACAUGACAGAUUUCAUUAAAGGAAAAGGUCCAAUUAAAUCAACCCAGGAUAUCAUAACCUCUGCUAAGAAAAUAAGUGAGCAUGGUAAGAAGCUGGAUACACUUGCUAGAAGGAUUGCAGAUAUGUGUCCUGAGUCUUCAACAAAGAAUGACCUGCUAGCCUACCUACAGAGGAUUGCACUGUACUGCCAUCAGCUCAAUAUUACCAGUAAAGUGAAAGCUGAUGUACAUAACGUUUCUGGAGAGUUUAUAGUCUCAGGAUUAGAUUCUGCCUGUUCUCUGAUCCAGGCUGCUAGGAACCUGAUGAAUGCUGUUGUGUUGACCGUAAAGGCGAGCUACGUAGCGAGCAGGAUGUACCGAUCAAACCAGAUACAGUCCGGAGCUGCUCUUUCUCAAAUAGUAGUUUGGAAAAUGAAAACCCCGGAGAAACUUCCGCUAGUUAAACGUGAACUUCCAGAGGUAAUUUUCCUACUCCUACUCCUACUCCUACUCUCACUCUACUACUCCUACUCCUACUCC